AUGUGUUUCUUGUGUAGCCAGGCAUUUGGCGUUGAUUGGAAAGGAUCGCUUGGAUUUUCAUGUCGAGGAGUUCGCUUUCAAAUAGUACUUGGCGUAAGCCAUUUAGGCUUAGCAUGUUCAGCAGGCAGGCUCUCUCAGCCAUCAGACAUUAUGCUUUUCUUUAUCCUUCCUCUAGUGUGGCUGGGUGCCGCGAAAGAAUGUCAGUCGGAUGAGCAAUCGGCCGCAGUCUUUGAAGCUUUGAGCUCCAUCUAUCAAGAAACUUUGGACGUUGCAGAGGAAGAUCGAUCGUUGGUCGACCACGGCAUUGAGAAGUUGUACUUCGAGCACGAGAGCAAAUGUUCGCAGCUAGCAACGUUGCUGAGAAAGCACAGGAGGCACUUUGGCCUAGUUCUCCACCUGUUCCACGAGUCCUUUCUAGUUGAUGGCUUCAAGAAGGAAUUUGAGGCAUUGAAUGUGGCUGUGGAGACUAUCCGAGUGGGACGCUUUACGCGGGCCAAGGACAAGCAGAGCAAGGGACUUUGCGUGCUUAGUGCAGCAUGUCUAGGCGCUGCGGCAGAAAGGUCCAUAGUUUCACCUCUCUCGAUGCAAAAUGGCCUGCAUGGCGCGAGCCUUUGGGCAUUGAGUGGUGUGUUUGCAAUCCUGUAA